AUGGCCCUACAUAGACAACGACAUGCAGCUGAGGGAGCAUCUUCUUCACGUCAUCCUAAUUCUCAACCUCGUAUGCUCAUCCAAUGCAAUCCAUUAGAAGGUUAUGAACGCCUUUGGAAUGAUUACUUUGCUCAACCGUCAAUAUAUCCGCCAAACGUUUUUAGGAGGCGAUUUCGAAUGAUUCGUGAUAUUUUUUUACGCAUACAUUUUGCAGUUGGAACUCAUGAUGAUUAUUUUGUCCAAAAGAGAGACGCCAGUGGUAGGCUUGGAUUGCCUUCCUUUCAAAAGAUGAUCGUGGCAAUUAGGAUGCUCGCAUAUGGGGUAACAACAGAUCUUCUGGAUGAGUAUGUAAGAAUUGGAGAAAGCACUACACGGUUGAGUAUGAAGAAAUUUGUAAAGGCGAUCGUGUCAAUCUUUGGGGGUAAGUACUUGAGGUCUCCAACUAGCAAUGAUAUAGCGAGAUUAUUAGAAGUUGGACAAAGGUGUGGGUUUCCAAGAAUGUUGGAUAGCAUUGAUUGCAUGUAUUGGAAAUGA